AUAGAGGUCUGCAUUUGUUAAGUCUCUGACAAGUCUAGCAUGGAGGAUCACACCACAGAAAGGAGAUGCUAGGUUGAAAAGUAAAAACAUCCUAGGAUUUAAGAGCAUGAGCCUGGAGCUAAGGCUUCUUGGCUUCACAGGAUCCACCACUUAUAAUUGUGCAAUCUUCGGACAGUUACUAAACCUCUCUUGGUUUCCAUGGUAAAACGGGCAUAGUAACUUACUGUGUGAGAUUGUCACAAGGUUUAAUAAGUUACUGCUGCUUACAAGUGCUUUCCUACAGCGGCGUCUGUUUCCCCUUAGCAAGCAACUCGGCUGUGUGUUCUGCAGCUGCUGGUGGGUUCUCUGCUCGCUCUUUGCCCACCCGCGUCAGGCCGGUCCCCCUCCGGCCUCUUCUGUGGCGCGAGGGACAGCGGAAACCGCGGUAGACAGCACCCCCUUGAGUCGAAUUCCUCCCCUUUCGGAAGAAGCCGGUUUCUCUUUUCUUUGCUACUCCCGGGCCAUUUCUGGGCAACAGCUGCUAUUUUCACUUGAGCCCAAGUUAGUUUCUCGGGGAGCUCUGGGGCGCGCACGGGCAGCUCGGUUUGCCCUGCGAUUGAGCCGCGGGGUCGCGGCCGGCGCCGGCCUCUCCAAUGGCAAAUGUGUGCGGUUGGAGGCGAGCGCGAGGCUUUCAGCAAAGGCAGUCGAGUGUUUGCAGACCGGGGCGAGUUCUGUGAAAGCAGAUAAAAGAAAACAUUUAUUAACGUGUCAUUACGAGGGGAGCGCCCGGUCGGGGCUGUCGCACGCCCCGCGAAACACUUGGCUCCCUCCAGCUCCGAGAGAGGAGAAGAAAGCAGAAAAGAGGCAGAUUCACGUCGUUUCCAGCCAAGUGGACCUGAUCGAUGGCCCUCCUGAAUUUAUCACGAUAUUUGAUUUAUUAGCGAUGCCCCCUGGUUUGUGUGUUACACACACACACGCACACACGGCUCUGGCUCGCUUCCCUCCCUCGUUUCCAGCUCCUGGGCGAAUCCCACAUCUGUUUCAACUCUCCACCGAGGGCAAGCGGGAGCGAGAGUGUGUCGGGUGAGUGUGCGUCUGUGUUUCCCGGCGAGGGUGCGCGCUCGGCGCCGGGAGCGCGGCCAGCCGGGUCCGGAGGCAUCCAGAGGCCGAGAGCCGCCGGGACCCCAGCUCUGCGUCCACUGCCCCGUCCGGAGCUGGACUUCGGGGCCGGGGCCGGGGCCGUGCGCCGGGGACAGGCAGAGCCGGGUCGCGGGCCGCGCGUCCCCCGAGCCGGAGAUCUGCGAGUAAAGAGGGACGAGGGAAAAGAAACAAAGCCACAGACGACGCAACUUCAGACUCCUGCAUACCAAAAGAAGCACCAGAUCAGCCAAAACAGAAGAUGGGUCCCCCGAGCCUCGUGCUGUGCUUGCUGUCCGCAACGGUGUUCUCCCUGCUGGGCGGAAGCUCGGCCUUCCUGUCGCACCACCGCCUGAAAGGCAGGUUUCAGAGGGACCGCAGGAACAUCCGCCCCAACAUCAUCCUGGUGCUGACGGACGACCAGGACGUGGAGCUGGGUUCCAUGCAGGUGAUGAACAAGACCCGGCGCAUCAUGGAGCAGGGCGGGGCGCACUUCAUCAACGCUUUCGUGACCACGCCUAUGUGCUGCCCCUCGCGCUCCUCCAUCCUCACCGGCAAGUACGUCCAUAACCACAACACCUACACCAACAACGAGAACUGCUCCUCGCCCUCCUGGCAGGCGCAGCACGAGAGCCGCACCUUCGCCGUGUACCUCAAUAGCACUGGCUACCGGACAGCUUUCUUCGGGAAGUAUCUUAAUGAAUACAACGGCUCCUACGUGCCGCCCGGCUGGAAGGAGUGGGUCGGACUUCUUAAAAACUCCCGCUUUUAUAACUACACGUUGUGUCGGAAUGGGGUGAAAGAGAAGCACGGCUCCGACUACUCCAAGGAUUACCUCACAGACCUCAUCACCAACGACAGUGUGAGCUUCUUCCGCACGUCCAAGAAGAUGUACCCACACAGGCCAGUCCUCAUGGUCAUCAGCCAUGCAGCCCCCCACGGUCCUGAGGAUUCAGCGCCACAAUAUUCACGCCUCUUCCCCAAUGCAUCUCAGCACAUCACGCCAAGCUACAACUAUGCGCCCAACCCGGACAAACACUGGAUCAUGCGCUACACGGGGCCCAUGAAGCCCAUCCACAUGGAAUUCACCAACAUACUCCAGCGGAAGCGCUUGCAGACCCUCAUGUCGGUGGACGACUCCAUGGAGACGAUUUACAACAUGCUGGUUGAGACGGGCGAGCUGGACAACACGUACAUCGUGUACACCGCCGACCACGGCUACCACAUCGGCCAGUUUGGCCUGGUCAAAGGGAAAUCCAUGCCGUACGAGUUUGACAUCAGGGUCCCGUUCUAUGUGAGGGGCCCCAACGUGGAAGCUGGCUCUCUGAAUCCCCACAUCGUCCUCAACAUUGACCUGGCCCCCACCAUCCUGGACAUUGCAGGCCUGGACAUACCCGCGGAUAUGGACGGGAAAUCCAUCCUCAAGCUGCUGGACACGGAGCGGCCGGUGAAUCGGUUUCACUUGAAAAAGAAGAUGAGGGUCUGGCGGGACUCUUUCCUGGUGGAGAGAGGCAAACUGCUACACAAGAGAGACAAUGACAAGGUGGACGCCCAGGAGGAGAACUUUCUGCCCAAGUACCAGCGUGUGAAGGACCUGUGUCAGCGCGCUGAGUACCAGACGGCGUGUGAGCAGCUGGGACAGAAGUGGCAGUGUGUGGAGGACGCCACGGGGAAGCUGAAGCUGCAUAAGUGCAAGGGCCCCGUGCAGCUGGGUAGCAGCAGAGCCCUCUCCAACCUCGUGCCCAAGUACUACGGGCAGGGCAGCGAGGCCUGCACCUGUGACAGCGGGGACUACAAGCUCAGCCUGGCCGGACGCCGGAAAAAGCUCUUCAAGAAGAAGUACAAGGCCAGCUAUGCCCGCAGUCGCUCCAUCCGCUCAGUGGCCAUCGAGGUGGACGGCAGGGUGUACCACGUAGGCCUGGGUGAUGCUGCCCAGCCCCGAAACCUCACCAAGCGGCACUGGCCAGGGGCCCCUGAGGACCAAGAUGACAAGGAUGGAGGGGACUUCAGUGGCACCGGAGGCCUUCCUGACUACUCAGCUGCCAACCCCAUUAAAGUGACACAUCGCAGGUGCUAUAUCCUAGAGAACGAUACAGUCCAGUGUGACCUGGACCUGUACAAGUCCCUGCAGGCCUGGAAGGACCACAAGUUGCACAUCGACCACGAGAUUGAAACCCUGCAGAACAAAAUUAAGAACCUGAGGGAAGUCCGAGGUCACCUGAAGAAAAAGCGGCCAGAAGAAUGUGACUGUCACAAAAUCAGCUACCACACCCAGCACAAAGGCCGCCUCAAGCACAAAGGCUCCAGUCUGCAUCCUUUCAGGAAGGGUCUGCAAGAGAAGGAUAAGGUGUGGCUGUUGCGGGAGCAGAAGCGCAAGAAGAAACUCCGCAAGCUGCUCAAGCGCCUGCAGAACAACGACACGUGCAGCAUGCCAGGCCUCACGUGCUUCACCCACGACAACCAGCACUGGCAGACGGCGCCUUUCUGGACACUGGGGCCUUUCUGUGCCUGCACCAGCGCCAACAAUAACACGUACUGGUGCAUGAGGACCAUCAACGAGACUCACAAUUUCCUCUUCUGUGAAUUUGCAACUGGCUUCCUAGAGUACUUUGAUCUCAACACAGACCCCUACCAGCUGAUGAAUGCAGUGAACACACUGGACAGGGAUGUCCUCAACCAGCUACAUGUACAGCUCAUGGAGCUGAGGAGCUGCAAGGGUUACAAGCAGUGUAACCCCCGGACUCGAAACAUGGACCUGGGACUUAAAGAUGGAGGAAGCUAUGAGCAAUACAGGCAGUUUCAGCGUCGAAAGUGGCCAGAAAUGAAGAGACCUUCUUCCAAAUCACUGGGACAACUGUGGGAAGGCUGGGAAGGUUAAGAAACAACAGAGGUGGACCUUCAAAAACACAGAGGCAUCAACUGACUGCACAGGCAACGAAAAACCACGUGGGUGAUUUCCAGCAGACCUAUGCUAUUGGCCAGGAGACCUGAGAAAGCAAGCACUCACUCUCAGUCAACAUGGCAGGUUCUGGAGGAUAACCAGCAGGAGCAGAUAGAACUUCAAGAAGUCCAUUUUUGCCCCUGCUUUUGCUUUGGAUUAUACCUCACCAGCUGCACAAAAUGCAUUUUUUUCGUAUCAGAAAGUCACCACUAACCCUCCCCAGAAGCUCACAAAGGAAAACGAAGAGAGCGAGCGAGAUUUCCUUGGAAAUUUCCCCCAAGGGCGAAAGUCAUUGGAAUUUUUAAAUCAUAGGGGAAAAGCAGUCCUGUUCUAAAUCCUCUUAUUCUUUUGGUUUGUCACAAAGAAGGAACUAAGAAGACAGAGGCAACGUGGAGAGGCUGAAAACAGUGCAGAUUCGACAAUGAGUCAGUAGCACAAAAGAGAUGACAUUUACCUAGCACUCUAAACCCUGGUUGCCUCUGAAGAAACUGCCUUCACUGUAUAUAUGUGACUAUUUACAUGUAACCAACAUGGGAACUUUUAGGGGAACCUAAUAAGAAAUCCCAAUUUUCAGGAGUGGUGGUGUCAAUAAACGCUCUGUGGCCAGUGUAAAAGAAAAUCCCUCGCAGUUGUGGACAUUUCUGUUCCUGUCCAGAUACCGUUUCUCCUAGUAUUUCUUUGUUAUGUCCCAGAACUGAUGUUUUUUUUUUUUUAAGGUACUGAAAAGAAGUUGAUGUAUGUCCCAAGUUUUGAUGAAACUGUAUUUGUAAAAAAAAUUUUGUAGUAUAAGUAUUGUCAUACAGUGUUCAAAACCCCAGCCAAUGACCAGCAGUUGGUAUGAAGAAACCUUUGACAUUUUGUAAAAGGCCAUUUCUUGGGAGUUUUUUGGUGUGUCUGUUUUUUUAAAGUAUUCAAGAUACUACCAGUCAACAUCUUUUUGGAAGAAAAUGCCUUUGGGUUUAGAAGAUUUUCUUAAAAGGGGAGUAGAUGGUUGUAGAUUGACUAAAGUCUACCACACUUCAAGGGACUACAGCUGCACCUACCUCUGGAUCAAAGAACUUCUAGGACAUCAAGCCAAUUAUCUUCUGUAAUACCCUACCCCUAAUAUAGAUACCCCCAACUCACCUCAGAUAUUAAAUACUGAUAACUAA